UCAAACAUUUCUUCAGAUUUGGACCUAAAAAAAAGGAAUCAAUUUUCCCCGUGGUUGAUUUCUGAAGGCAAAAGAACUAGAAGUCUGAGAGCGAAGAGGAAAACUGAAAAAAAUUACAAUCGGAGCUAUGGAGGAAUCUCAGGAAAUUCUUCUGAACUCCCUCCAAAAAUCGGGUGUUUCAAUCCCUCCAGACAUUUCCUCGAUUCGGAACUUAACUCCUCCGCUCUUGUUCUCGAUCUGUGCUCAAGUUUUGAAUCGAAUUCAUCUCCAAACUAAAAUCCCCUUCUCCAUUUCUCUGCCGGAUUCUGUCGCCGAUCAAUUCAAGAUAUGUUCUGAAAUCGCUUCCGCUAUUAAGGAUCUGGGUUUCAUUGGAGAUAUGAGCUUCCAUAAGUUCUUGUAUCCAUCUGAAGAGGACUUGUAUAAGUUGAUAAGAUUCUUGGUGGAGAGGCUUCCUGAAGCUUCAGAUGGAAAGUCUAAGGUUUUGGAAGAUGGUGAUGGUAGAAAAGAAACGAAAGCCGACACUUCCAAAUGCUACUAUGUGGAGGACCCAUCAGACAAGGUCAAUACUGAUGAUUCUGUUUUUACCCAUCAGAAGGUUGAGAACAAACGUGCUGAUCUUAAUAUUAUUUCUGAAGAGACAAAAUCGUCAAAUUCCAUCGUUGGUAGAUUCUCUGAUUUAUGUCUCGUCCAACAAAGCUUGGGUGAAGCAGCUAUGGCCGAUAACCUUGUUAAUGCUCCCAAGGAUCAGUCUGAGGUUUCUGGAAAUGAAUCGGUUGCACUGCAGGGGAAUAAUAGACAUGAAGUUGGUUCUUACACUGAGAAGACCUGUGAAGAUCAAGAGAUCAGACCUUUGGAAGAGGUCACUUCGAAGGCGUCUGAAUUAGAGCAUCUUCAAGUGGAGUUGGAAAGGUUGAAGGCAGUGACCAGAAUUGUAUUCGAUGAAAAUCAGUCGAUUGAAUUCCAUCUUCAGCAACUGGAGGAGCAAAUAAACUCUAGAAACCUGAAUCUUCGUGCAAUGAAGUCACAGUGGGAUGCAGAGAGGGAGCUUUUAGAAAAUAAAAGGCAAAGUCUACAAGAUUCACUAUGCGCAAGUAAUCCAAAGGCUCAAGAAAAGCUGCAAAAAUUGAGGGAGUUUGAAUCGGAAAAGAAGCUCAUUGAGUCGGAAAUCAGGAGGCGGGAGGAAGAGAAUUCUAAUCUCGCUACAGAUAUUAAGAAGCAGCCCAAACAAUUACCGAGACGAUCCUAUAUCAAUAGAGUAAAGGAGAUCACAAAAAACAGCCGGAAACAAGAUGCCGACAUUGAUCGAAUCCUCAAAGAAACUAGAGAGCUUCAGCUAGAAAGUAACAACAUUCAAGAACGCCUCCAUAGAACCUACGCAGUUGUGGAUGAGCUAGUUUUCAGCAGGGAAGCAAAAAAAGAUGGCAUAGGCAAGCAAGCACACAAGCUUUUGACUAGUAUCCAUGAGAACUUCGGCGAGAUCUCGAACAAAAUCCUCUCUACGGAUAGACUAAGAAGAGAAACUGCAGAAUACGAGAAGAAGAUAGCAGCCUCAGCAUCCCGAAGUUUGAAUUUUACCAAAUUACAAGCUGAUCUGGAUGCUAUCAGGAGGGAAAAUAGUUACCUAGAGCAACAUCUUUGCUAUAAAAAAACCCAUUGACCAAGUGUAGAAUAUUUUCUGGAAAUUUUUUUGUUUAGUGUAAAUCAUUCAUCAUGCUUUUUGCAGCAAUUAAAUACUAUUGUAAAGGAGAAAAUAAUACAAUACAAAUGACAUCCAUCUGCUACUACUAAAGUGGUUGUUCAUUAAUUAGUUGGAAUGUGAUGCCUUGUGAAAUAAGGCUUCUACUU